AUGGACCACGAAGCUGCCGCGGCCCAGGGCACUGCCCUGGCUCAGGAUGGAGAGCAGCCUGCAGAGUCCCCGGAGCCGCCGCCGCCCUGGCCACCGCCGCUGGCCCUUCCGCCUCCGGCUCCUCCACCUCCAGCUCCUCCACCUCCAGCUCCUCCACCGCUCCCCGAGCUUUCGCCAGACCCAACACCAAAGCCCUGUCCAGAUCCUGCUCCAGGACCCUGUCCGGAAGCGACUCCAGAACCAGCCACAGAACUAGACACAGAAUUUGUCCCAGAGCCGGCCCCGGAGCCGGUCCCAGAACCAGCCACAGAGCCGGCCCCGGAGCCGGCCCCCAAACCAGCCACAGAGCCGGCCCCUGUGCCGGUCCCAGAAUCUGCCCCAGAGUUGGCCCCAGAGCCGGUCCCAGAACCAGCCACAGAGCCGGCCCCGGAGCCAGUCCCAGAACCUUUCCUAGAGCCGACCUUAGAAUCUGCUCCGGAGCCGGUCUCAGAACCAGUCCCAGAGCUGGCCCCAGAGCUGGCCCCAGAACUUGCCACGGACUGGGCCCCAGAGUCCUGCCCUGAGCCAGCUCCAGAAUCCUGUCUGAAGCCAACUCCAGCACCAUGUCUAUUGCAGUGUCCGGUGGUCCCUGGAGAGAGGGGCCUAAAGACCUCGCCAUUGCCAUCGCCCCGGACACCAGUGACAUGGUCCAGAAUAAAGAAAAUACUGAAGGAAGGACCUCUACUGAAGAACUGUAACUCCUUCAAGAGAUGGAAGCUUAGAUAUUUUCUGGUUCAAGAACAGAAUCUCUACUUUGCACACCAUCCCUCGUUUGCACACUUUGAAACAAUUGAUCUGUCUCAGGUCACCUUGGCAGAAAGCAGCUGUAGAAAUCCUUGCCAUAGUUUUUGUGUUAUCACACCACAACGAAAAGUCACCCUGGCAGCACCCAACCGGAAAGACAUGGAAGAAUGGAUUAAUACCAUAAAAACUGUCCAACAGGGAGAAACUCGUAAGAUACCUGCAGCAGAAAACAACCCUUUCCUUGUUGGAAUGCACUAUUGGUAUUCCAGCCACAGUUCCCGGACUCAGCACUGCAAUGUUUGUCGAGAGAGUAUUCCUCCCUUAUCUAGAGAUGCCAUCAUCUGUGAAGUGUGCAAAGUAAAAUCUCACAGAUUGUGUGCUUUGAGAGCCAACAAAGACUGCAAGUGGAAUACCUUGUCCAUCACAGAUGACCUGCUCCUGCCUGCAGAUGAAAUACAAACAAUGCCCCAUCAAUGGGUAGAAGGCAACAUGCCUGUCAGCUCUCUGUGCGCAGUAUGUCAUGAGAGCUGUGGCAGUAACCAAAGACUACAAGAUUUCCGCUGUCUGUGGUGCAAUUCUACGGUGCACAACGACUGCCAGAGACGGUUUUCCAAGGAAUGUUGCUUCGGAAGUCAUCGCUCAUCUAUCGUUCCUCCUACUGCUCUAAGCGACCCCAAAGGUGAUGGUCAAUUAGUAGUAUCUUCAGACUUCUGGAAUCUUGAUUGGUCAUCUGCCUGUUCAUGCCCUUUACUCAUCUUCAUCAACUCCAAAAGUGGCGAUCAUCAAGGGAUUGUCUUCCUCCGAAAAUUCAAGCAAUACCUUAAUCCGUCUCAAGUGUUUGACCUAUCGAAGGGUGGCCCUGAAGCAGGGUUGUGCAUGUUCAAGAAUUUUGCUCGUUUUCGUGUUCUGGUUUGUGGUGGAGAUGGCAGUGUGAGCUGGGUCUUAUCUCUGAUUGAUGUCUUUGGAUUACAUGAAAGGUGUCAGCUGGCAGUCAUCCCACUUGGAACUGGCAAUGAUCUGGCCCGUGUCCUGGGAUGGGGUGCAUUUUGGAACAAAAACAAGUCGCCACUUGACAUCCUCAACAGAGUGGAGCAGGCUAGUGUGAGGAUUCUUGACAGAUGGAGUGUGAUGAUCCGUGAGACUCCCAGACAAAUCCCACUGCUGAAAGGACAAGUUGAAAUGGACAUAACAAGAUUUGAGGCUGCUGCCAUACAACACUUAGAAUCUGCAACUACUGAGCUGAACAAAAUCCUGAAGGCCAAGUGUACCAUGGAGAUGAUCAUCGCCACCAGAUUCCUGUGCUCAGCAGUGGAAGAUUUUGUCAUUGAUAUUGUUAAGGCCUGGCAUCAGAUAAAACAGAACAACACAGCAGUAGAGUCUAUAAUUUUGAAAAGUGACUUAAUGUAUGAUAAGCUCAGUGUUCUGAUUGAUGUCCUGGUGGAGGAGGCAGCAGCUACCUCUGCUGAGAAAAGUGCUACAGCAUAUGCAGACAGUGACAAAGCAGAAGGAAAGCCAUUCGUCCCUCAAACAGACCACAUAGCCAAGUGCAAGUUGGAGCUAGCCACAAGGGCUCAGAAUCUCCAAAAAUCCUUGAAACUCAUCAUAUUCCAAGUUGAGCAAGUUCUGGAUGAGGAAAGCAGACAGACAAUAUCAGUUAAGAACUUUACAUCAACUUUCUUCCUGGGAGAUGAUGACUCAGAAGAUAUUAACCAGAUGAGCCCAAGACAUCGUUCUCGUCAUGACACUUUGUCUUCUAUAUCUUCUCUCAAAAGUGAGGACCUAGACAACCUUGACUUGGAAUACUUACAUUUUAUACCUGAAACAAUACGCUUCAAAGAAAAAUGUGUCAUGAACAACUACUUUGGAAUUGGACUAGAUGCUAAAAUUUCCCUGGAGUUCAACAUCAGAAGAGAAGAACACCCAGGACAAUGCAAUAGCCGCUUUAAGAACAAGAUAUGGUAUGGCCUUCUGGGAAGCAAGGAACUUUUGCAGCGCUCUUACAGGAAACUGGAAGAACGAGUGCACCUGGAGUGUGAUGGAGAAGCCAUCUCCCUGCCAAACCUGCAAGGCAUUGUAGUGCUCAAUAUUACUAGCUAUGCCGGAGGUGUCAACUUCUGGGGAGGCAACACAGCAACCACAGAAUAUGAGGCUCCUGCAAUAGAUGAUAAGAAGCUGGAGGUAGUGGCAAUCUUUAGUUCUAUGCAGAUGGCCAUGUCCCGUAUCAUCAACCUGCAUCAUCAUCGCAUUGCCCAGUGCCGUGAGGUGGUGAUAACCAUUGAUGGUGAAGAAGGUAUCCCUGUGCAGGUGGAUGGGGAGGCCUGGGUUCAGAAGCCAGGCCUUAUCAAAAUUAGAUACAAAAAUGCUGCCCACAUGCUGAUGAGAGAUCGGGACUUUGAGAACUCAAUGAAAAUGUGGGAAUGCAAGCAUACUGAAAUUCAAGCUACUCCCCAACCCCAGCUGGACUCCCAGGAAUCUCAAGACAGCCUCUCUGAUGAGGAGUAUGCCCAGAUGCAGCAUUUAGUCCAACUUGCAGAAGACCUCAUUAGCAGACUUAAUGACCUGAGCAAGGUCCAUCAGCAUGUGUCUGUACUUAUGGAUUCUGUGAAGGCCAGUGCUAAUAUGCUAAAGGAUAUAUUUUAUGGCCAAGACAAUGGCAAUGAGGCAGCUGCAGUUUUCUGUACUCCCAUUGAGACUCUAAGCAGAAAUGAUGCAGUAGAUGUUACAUUUAGUCUUAAAGGGCUCUACGAUGACACCAAAGCUUUCCUGGAUGAAAACUUGUUGAGAAAUGCUGAGGAUGAGGCCACACUUCAAAAUACCCUGGAUGCCAUGAAUAAGGUGUUUGAAAACCUAUCAGCAAUUGCCUGGAUGAAUCCAAUCCUUCCAGAGGAAAAGGCUUCAGAUACUGAUAGUAAAAGCCUCAGGUUGAAAGUUAAACUCCCUAAAUUGAGAAAGAAGAAGCUAGAAGAGGAAGUCAAGCCUAAAUCAAGCCAAAGAUUCCAUGGUUUUUUUGGUAAUUUGUAGCAUCGCAAAAAUCGCAAAGAACCACCAAAGGGUGAUGAUUCUCCAACACCAUCAAGUUCUCAAUUGUAGCCUUUGAAAGCUGGAAGG